AGGUUAUGUCACUGUCACAAUUGCGCAGCAGACAGCAGAUGAUAGUUAAAAUAUCGUAACAAAAUAUCAAUGUGAAAAAUGGUGUUAUCGAAAUGAUUUCUGCAAAUAUUGGCAGCCCGGGAAAAGCAAAAGAAGUGUUAUUGCAAUCAACAUCUUGACAAGUUGAUACAAUGACUUGAAAAUGAAGGAGGGAUCUAAUGAAAUUUUGGAGGCUAAAGUUGCCGAGCGCGCUGAACGUGCUAAAAAACUCUAUCGCUAUGUCAGUGAUGUAGCAAGACGUGUGGGUGAUAUGACAACAACAAGUCGGUCCAUAUCUGACUUGUUUUCCACCCAGCUUGAAGUUCAACGACAGAAACUUAGGGACAACUGUGAAAAACUUUUGUUUCUUGAUCCUAUCAACUAUGGCAAAAAAUCACUUGAACUACUCUGGAGGAAAGUUUACUAUGAAACUGUAUCUGCAGCUAAGAAACUGAGAGAAACCGACAAUGAAAAUGACAGUUACCUGUUUACACAUAUUGUUUGUGGAAUUGGCCACUUUCACCAUUUCAUAUCAAGGCUGGAAUCUGAAAUGAAGUUGCAGAUCAAAGAAUUGGAUUAUACAUCUUACCACGCGGAUGGUGAAUAUGUUGAUAACAAUGAAGCUCCAACUGAUGAGGAAGUUCAGUUCAGUCGAUCAGCCUUGCAUUCAUGCCUGAUUUAUCUUGGAGACUUGAGUCGCUAUCAAGUGGAUAUAUUUCAUGCCUUUGAACCAUCUAUAGCAGCUCGAUAUUAUCUCCAAGCUGCUCAUGUUGAUAUGUCUUCCGGGAUGCCUUAUAACCAAUUGGGCAACCUGUACAAUGAUAAAAAUUACAACUUGGACUCAGUUUGCUACUACAUCCACUGUUUAAGUUGUACAACACCAUUUGAAGGAGCUAUUGGUAACUUAACAAAGAUUUUUGAGAAAAAUGCUCCAUAUUUUGAUUCAAUUAACAAUCCUGAAUCAUUGACACAAACUGAACACAUACAGAGUGCAAUAACUAACUUUCUCUCCUUGAUAGAAAUUUGGUAUCUGAGUAAGAAUGACACCAAUAUUCCACAAAGAUGCAGUACCAUUGCUCAUGAGUUGAAGGUGGCAAUGGAUUUCAUAAAAUCACCAUUACCCGAUGUAGAUAAAAGUUACAAUGAAUUCACACAGGCUGUUGAGGAAGAAAGUUCCAAUCCAUCCUGUUUAAAUCCAAAUCUUGUACAUAAAAUAGUACUUAUUUGUUUGUUCACUAUAACAAAAGUAACAGAAACUGACGAAGUGAAAGCUUUUGCUUGCAAGGCCUUCACAUUAGCACUUUUGUCACAACUUCUACAAAAAUUGUUAAAACAGCUGGAAUCCCUUGGACUUAAGAACCCAGCCUUCAAAUAUAAAUCAAGAAGCGCUACAUUGCAGAUACCAAACAAUAAUCAAUUUCUUGAAGCAGAUGACACAAAACAACUGUUUGAUGAAGAACCAUCAAAUAACACAAAUGACAAUGAUGUUAACGAUACUGAGACUGUAUCGAAACCUGCAGAAAGUGCUGUAGUGGAAGAAAAUAAUAAAGAUGUUUUGAGUAAUGGUGAUGAUAAAAGUAAUAUUAAGAAGUCAUUGACCAAGCGUCGCCGACGCAGACGCCAGGCCUCUUCUGAUAGCUCUGACAUGAGUGAUGUUGAUACAGAAAGUAGUGACAUUGAUGAGUCUUGCUCUGAGGAAGAAGAUUUAUCAGAUUCUAGUGAACACUCUGAUGACUCUGUAAGUGAGGAUUCUAGCUAUGAUGUGUCUGAUGCAGAAGAAUCAGAUGUUAAAAGCAAUGGGGAUGUAGAAAAAGAAAGCAAGGAUGUGACUAAAGAAACCACCAUAAAUGGUGACUUGAAUGAUAAAAAAAACAAUAAUGAAAAUGAAUUUCAACAUAACAGUUACAACAAUAAUAUGCUAGAUGUUCAAGGGUUGCAAAAUUUUUUGCUUGGUGAUAAUUAUCUGUCAAGCAUCAAAUUACUGCAGGAUUGGGCACUUAAUGAAAAAGAUUUAAUCCUAUCUUGUGGAGACAGCGGAGAGUCACUUUUUCAGUGUGUUGUUGAUUUGCUCAAUAUUUUGACAUACUAUUUUAAUCCAAAGCAUAAUGAAAACAGAGAAUGCCAAAUUCUGGAAUAUGCUCGUAGUGUUGCAAAGAAAUUAAAACUUGAAUAUAAAACAAUACCAUUGCCUGAAGAUGUAAAUCUACGGGGAACAAACAUCUGCAAAUAUGACAAAGAUGCUGCUGAGUGGCAAAUGUUAGACAAAUACAAACUGUCAUUUUAUGAGGAGAAUAUAGUAAGAAUAUUGAAUUUUGUUGACUUUGGCAAUCAAAUUGCGAAAAUAAUACCUAGAAUUAGGUACAACAGAACAUUAAAAAUAUUUUACUUGAAAAAGAAUCCUCCUCCUAAAGUGACUACAAAGAUCAAUCACAAGAGAAGUAAAGAAUGGCACAACUCUAAGAAACCUCAUGUUGAAUCAAGUGAAGGAGGGUUAUUGCGCCGCCUGGGACGUCUUUGGCUGGCGUCUCAGGUUCGAGAGUUAGAACGCAGUGGACAGUUGCCCGUGCCUGCACUACUGGCGCUUGACACGAACGCCCUCUAUAAGCACUUGCGUCGGGUCAAACAACUGCUUCGAACCCGAAACUUUGUUCUUCUUAUUCCAACUGUUGUGUUACAAGAGUUGGAUAACCUCAAGCGUGAACAAAGCGGAGCUCGUGACGCUAUUCGUUGGCUGGAAGUUCAGUUGCGAAGCGGCUCUCGAUUCUUACGUGCGCAAAGGCCUGGUCAGUCGAAACCUCUGCCACUUCUCAAAUACCCUCGUAAAGCUCCGCCCCAUAUUCAUAGCUUCAUGCAAAUUAUGGAAUUCUGUAAUCACUUCAUAGCCGAAGAGAAACAAGUACAGGGAGGAAAUGGUGACCCAGAUAGCUCUUUACAAGGAAAAUCUACACCAUUACUGAUAUUGCUUGUUGGCAAUGAACCAGGCAAUGAGGAAGACCAGUAUAAAGAAUUUAGUGUAACAGGAGCCGCGCACGCUGCUGGCAUCUCCAUCGAAUACAUCGGAGACUUUUACACCAAGUGGCGCCAAACUGUUCACAAAAAUGGAAAAAAGAGAUGAACAUGAUGUCAAUGACUUCAGGACUCGACUGCAGCGAAAGGAUGGACAUAAGACGUUCUUCGGUUUCGGUAAAAAGAAUUGAACAUCUCUAUUGAGAAAGAUAGAUUGAUGAAUUAUGCGCGUUGUGAUCGCUAAACUCAAUGUUAAUGUCAUAAGUGACUCGUCUUCGAUCUGUCUGAGGGACAUAGCUCACGGUGGGCUACAAUUUCUCUUUGCUAUAACUGUCUUUAUUACAGAGUUAAGAUAAUAACAUUUUUCACAUUUUCAUUAAUCGUAAUAUUUUAUUCCAUUAUCAUAUACAUUUGGGAAUACAUAAUUCAUUACCUAUUCAUAAACAUUCGUUUAUUUUAAUUAUUUCAGAAGCUUUCUGAUAUUAUAUCUUAUUUAUCGAUAGUUACUGUUCACUUUAAAUUCCUUUUACCUAUGUUCAGACAAUAUUUUUUGUUCUAAAAAAUGAUUUUUCAUUGGAAUAAAAGUGUUUUCAUUGCAAAAA